CAGGAGGAACCUGCGCGAGCUGAGCCCGAACCCCCGAGCCGCAGCCGCCGUAGCCCGUGCGCCCCGCGUCCCCCAGCGCGCCAUGGCCAAGGAAGGCGUGGAGAAGGCGGAGGAGACCGAGCAGAUGAUCGAGAAGGAGGCAAGCAAGGAGCCGGCGGAGGGCGGCGGCGACGGCCCCCACCGCCUUGGGGACGCCCAGGAGAUGCGCGCCGUGGUGCUGGCCGGCUUCGGGGGGCUGAACAAGCUGCGGCUCUCCAGGAAGGCCAUGCCGGAGCCGCAGGACGGCGAGCUCAAGAUCCGCGUCAAAGCCUGUGGUUUAAACUUCAUUGACUUGAUGGUGCGACAAGGGAAUAUUGACAACCCUCCCAAGACUCCCCUCGUGCCAGGAUUUGAGUGUUCUGGGAUUGUUGAAGGUUUGGGGGACAGCGUGAAAGGAUACGAGAUUGGGGACCGUGUCAUGGCAUUUGUCAAUUACAAUGCCUGGGCCGAGGUGGUCUGCACACCGGUGGAAUUUGUCUACAAGAUCCCAGAUGACAUGAGCUUCUCUGAGGCCGCUGCGUUCCCCAUGAACUUCGUCACAGCCUACGUGAUGCUCUUUGAAAUUGCCAACCUCCGGGAAGGGAUGUCGGUGCUCGUGCACUCAGCUGGUGGUGGCGUGGGCCAAGCUGUGGCUCAGCUGUGCUCCACCAUCCCCAAUGUGACUGUCUUUGGAACAGCUUCUACUUUCAAGCAUGAAGCAAUCAAAGACUCUGUGACCCACCUCUUUGACAGAAAUGCAGACUAUGUGCAAGAAGUAAAACGAAUCUCUCCUGAUGGUGUGGACAUUGUUUUGGAUUGUCUAUGUGGAGACAACACUGGGAAAGGUCUCAGCCUUCUCAAACCCCUGGGAACCUACAUUUUAUAUGGCUCAUCCAACAUGGUAACUGGAGAGACCAAGAGCUUCUUUAGCUUCGCAAAAUCAUGGUGGCAGGUGGAGAAGGUGAACCCCAUCAAGCUGUACGAAGAGAACAAAGUCAUCGCGGGUUUUUCCCUGUUAAAUCUGCUCUUCAAACAGGGCCGAGCGGGCCUCAUCCGAGCAGUGGUGGACAAACUCCUAGCACUGUACAACCAGAAGAAGAUCAAGCCUGUCGUGGACUCCCUCUGGGCCCUGGAGGAGGUGAAGGAGGCCAUGCAGCGGAUCCAUGACCGAGGGAACAUCGGCAAGCUGAUUCUGGAUGUGGAAAAGACCCCGACACCACUGAUGGCCAACGACAGCACAGAGACCAGCGAGGCAGGGGAAGAGGAGGAAGACCACGAGGGCGACAGUGAGAACAAGGAGCGGAUGCCCUUCAUCCAGUAGCCUGGGACUCAGGCAGGAGAACGAGAAAGGCUGGGGGAAGAGAAGAGGACCUGGCUGAGAAAGCUCUUCCGUGCUCGGUGAAUUGAUGCUGUAGUCCAGUGUGUGUCGUGUUUGUCUGCAGUCAGCUGAGCUAAAAAGCUGUUGUUCACUUGUUUUUGAAAUUAAGUGCCAACCCCAUUCCAUGCAGUAUUACGUCCUGCCUCAACCUGUGUGUUACACUCUCUUCUCCCCUCUUCUCAAGGCCACCCAUUUUUAGGUCCUUCUCGACAGUUCUAGAACAGUCUUGCAAAGUCAUUUACAAGUCUGCGGGGCAGAGAAGGGCAAAGAGGAGUGUGUGCAGGAAGGUGUGGUCACGAAGUUCCGUCCAGGGCCUGGAGCUGUUCAGGCCAGUGACACACAGCUGCCGGCCACUCGUGCCUCUGACGGGCACACUUGCCCAUUUGGCCAGCAGAAAGAGGGUUAGGCCAGGAGAUGUUUCCAUACGUUCUGCAGCUGUCCAGGCAGUGCCCAGCUCUCUGUGUGAGGCGCUUUCCUCAUGUCACCAUCAGAGGUUGGAGUCCUUCUCCCCCAUCCCUGUGGUGUUUGAUUCUUUCCCUGGCUCUCACUUACAAGCACAGAGAGGAGGGCGUGGGUUGCUCAGGGCAGCAGAUAGGCCAAAAGGAGUGCGUUUCAAGACCAGCCACAGAGACAUCUCCUUGGGAACCAUGUCUUGUGAGCAGAAUCCCCCUGGUGAAUGUUCUUGUUUUAAGAAAGCUCACUCUAGGUGCGACUAAGUGGCAUUCCUGAGAUCCUCCGGUGCUCUGUGCUUGUCAUCAGUACCGCCAGUUAUGCUACUUCGCAAUCCCUGGCACUAAAACCCAUCUU